UCUCCUCGCCCGGCAGGUGUUUUUGGCGACUAAUAGAUGAACGAAGGUUUCUCGUGAUUCCCAUGGAGUGCUGUUGAUGCCGCCGACUUGAGAACCGACUGAAGCUACAACUCGAAAACGUGGCUUUGUACCGACUGAAGCUACAAGAGGUGCUGGUCGUGACCUAAGUCGUGAAUGGUUAAGACGAGAAGCAUUUCCCGGACGUGCCCAUGGUCGUACACCUCCCGCCGCACCAUUUAAAGUCCGCAGAGCUCUCCCACCGAAAUGCCCCUCACCACACCGGACGUUCUCCACCCCUUCUCAUCGCGGGCCUUCCCUCGAGAUUAAUCGAGUUCCCGGUGUUGCAUUUCCACGACAUGGCCACCGGACAACUAUUUUCACAGAAGACACAAGCUUUGUUUUACAACUAUAAGCAACUUCCCAUACAGAGGAUGCUUGAUUUUGACUUCCUUUGUGGGAGAGAAACACCUUCUGUGGCUGGAAUAGUUAAUCCAGGUUCUGAAGGGUUUCAAAAACUAUUUUUUGGACAAGAGGAGAUUGCAAUUCCAGUUCACUCAAGUAUUGAAACAGCAUGUACAACUCACCCAACUGCUGAUGUCUUUAUCAACUUUGCAUCAUUUAGAAGUGCAGCUGCCUCUUCCAUGGCAGCUCUGAAUCAACCAACUAUUAGAGUUGUAGCCAUUAUAGCUGAAGGUGUUCCAGAAUCAGAUACCAAGGAGUUAAUUGCUUAUGCAAGAGCCAAUAACAAGGUUGUCAUUGGUCCUGCUACUGUUGGGGGCAUUCAGGCUGGAGCUUUCAGGAUUGGUGAUACAGCUGGAACUCUUGAUAAUAUAAUAAAAUGCAAGCUCUACAGGCCUGGGUCAGUUGGAUUUGUGUCUAAAUCGGGAGGAAUGUCAAAUGAGCUUUACAACACAAUUGCACGUGUAACGGAUGGAAUUUAUGAGGGAAUUGCAAUUGGAGGAGAUGUUUUUCCUGGUUCCACCCUUUCUGACCAUGUUCUGCGGUUUAACAAUAUCCCUCAGGUAAAAAUGAUGGUUGUGCUGGGGGAACUGGGUGGUAGAGAUGAGUAUUCACUAGUUGACGCUUUAAAAGAAGGAAAAGUUCAAAAACCAGUGAUUGCUUGGGUUAGUGGAACCUGUGCUCGGCUCUUCAAGUCAGAAGUUCAGUUUGGUCAUGCUGGUGCUAAAAGUGGUGGUGAAUUGGAAUCAGCACAAGCAAAAAACCAGGCACUAAGAGAAGCUGGAGCAGUUGUUCCCUCUUCUUAUGAAGCUUUCGAAAAUGCAAUCAAAGAAACUUUUGAGAAACUGGUGGAAGGAGGAAAGAUACCACCUGUAUCUGAAGUCAAACCCCCUCAAAUUCCUGAGGACCUCAAGACUGCAAUAAAAAGUGGGAAGGUCCGGGCUCCAACUCAUAUCAUUUCGACCAUCUCAGAUGAUAGAGGUGAAGAACCAUGUUAUGCUGGUGUACCUAUGUCUACUAUUAUUGAACGAGGUUAUGGUGUUGGUGAUGUAAUCUCUCUCUUGUGGUUCAAACGUAGUCUUCCCCGUUAUUGCACCCAAUUCAUCGAGAUAUGUAUAAUGCUAUGUGCUGAUCAUGGUCCUUGCGUUUCUGGUGCUCAUAAUACAAUAGUUACAGCAAGAGCUGGAAAGGAUUUAGUUUCCAGUCUUGUAUCAGGGUUGCUUACAAUUGGUCCUCGAUUUGGUGGUGCAAUUGAUGAUGCUGCUCGAUACUUCAAGGAUGCAUAUGACAAAGGUCUCGCUCCUUACGAGUUUGUUGAAAGUAUGAAAAAGAAGGGCAUUCGUGUACCUGGGAUAGGGCACAGGAUUAAAAGUAGAGACAACAGAGACAAGAGAGUACAGCUUCUGCAACAGUAUGCGCAUACUCAUUUCCCAUCUGUAAAGUACAUGGAAUAUGCUGUUAAAGUUGAGACCUAUACUCUCUCCAAGGCCAACAACUUGGUUCUGAAUGUGGAUGGGGCAAUUGGAUCUCUUUUCUUGGAUCUUUUGGCUGGUAGUGGAAUGUUCAGCAAACAAGAGAUUGAUGAGAUCGUUGAGAUUGGUUACCUAAAUGGUCUCUUUGUGUUGGCACGCUCUGUUGGUCUGAUUGGGCAUACCUUUGAUCAGAAGAGAUUGAAACAGCCACUCUAUCGUCAUCCAUGGGAAGAUGUUUUGUACGCAAAAUGAUAUGCUUCAGCAAGCUGCAACAGCAUUAUUUUCGACAACUUGUCACUCGGUCACCCUUUCAUUCAAGGGACUUCAAAUUGGUAUUUAAGCUCCACACCACGGCAUGUUUUUGAGACAUCAUGAUUAAAGCUCCCAGAUCCUAUGGGUUCAUCUAAUAUAUAUAUUUCUACGGCGUAUUCCUUAAAGCUUAGGUAGGCUCAAGCAUCUUCAGAUAUUUCAAUAAGCAGUUGGUUACCUUUUGUUUAUGAACACGAUGUAGCUGAGACAAUCUUGACAAAUUUCCUUAAACGAUGAUUUUAGUGUUUCCCAGUAAUCAAAUGCAUGUGCACGACUCUUAUUACGCUGCAUAAGGUAAUAUAAAGGACAAAAUAGUUUCUUC